AUGGCUUCAUAUUCCGCACUUGUUACGCCUCAAGCCCCGCCCGUGCAGGGCAAGCGUGACAUAGCCCACCCUUUCAAAUAUUCACGAGAGGAGAUGCUUCAAGUCUACAAAGAUGCUGGGGGAUUCAGCGAGCUCCCAAUUGAGGUGGAACGCUGGGAAGGAAUAGUAAGAGAGCCCGCAGGUGAUCCGGUCUGCCUGAGCGACUUCAGUGAGACGGAAAAGAAGCUAUACGCAUCCUCGUUGAACUCCGAAAUUCGACGUCGCCAGUCGACAGACUAUAUGGCACAGAAUGACCGUCCUAAAGGCGGACCAUUGAAUAGUGGCUUGGGCCUCAUGGGGAGGCGUAGGCGUGGAGAUAGUACCGGCACGGACCAUCCUCCUCUCUCCUUGCCACGAAAAACGUCGUGGUCUGGUACACCCGGAAGUCUUGCGUCACCUUCAACAGCCUCCCCGCGUAAUCGUAUGGGCAGCGGCGGUGCAUUUGACGGCAUUCUUAAUGGCAUUGACACAGCGUGGGGCAGUGGCAAACGGCGCAUACAGUCUGGACAGCCUUUCACAGAUCGUGUAGACGAAGAAGAAGAGCUUCAGAAGGACCCCGGAUCUUCAGAAGCAAAAGAGGGCGCAUAUGCAUCCGGUCAGAAUGCGCUGGACUCCAGGAGCGCCCAGCCUCGAGAGCAUGGCCCACCAUCAUCAGAAAUCAACAUUUCGCAAAGUGCAGGAAAUAAUUUACAUGACACAACCGAUGGGGCCACUGGUCAGAGUACGGACUUAACAAACAGGACCGGAGGAAAUACCUCGGACUCGAUCGAUCUAACUAAAGUACAGUGGUCUUACGUGGAUCCUACUGGGAACGUACAAGGUAAUAGAAAUUGUCGUUCAAGACGGAGGGGGAGGAGGCGGGGAGGUCGCAAUGGGUUUGGCAGGCUGCUUGCGCAUCCACUGGUACUUACAGUUCAGACCGUGAAAUGUAAUCAUUUGGAGGGACGACUCUUACCUCCGGGCCAAAAUGCAUCGAAGUAG